AUGAAUCCAAAUAGAUCCGACCCCCAUCGAACGCAGUCCCCGGGGAGACCUCUUCACGGUUAUCAGCUGGAAGGCAACCCAAACCGAACCCCUUCCUUAGGGAGACCCUUUCGUGGCUAUCAACUGGAUGACAACCGAUACCAGCAAUAUGGACACCUGGAAAUGCCCUCAGGUGACCGUCUAGCUGACCAGCCAACCUACUCCGUUGAAAAUAUACAAAACUCCUAUGGUCACAACGAAGCCUAUGAAACCGCUAACCCAUAUCGAGCCUCCCCCCUGGCGCGCACGGAAUAUACCAUCUCCCCCGAAGCACAUCACGACGCAUACUAUACCCAACCCUACCAACCCACAGCCCCGUCCCCUUCCGAAUACGAUGCCCAGCCAUUCCCCUCGCAGACCCCGCAGCCAUACCACGAUGAUGAAGUCCCCAUUCUCCAAAAUCCAUAUCGUCCGAACCCGCAAUUGGCAUACCAGGAGUCCGCCCUCGCUCCAACACCAAGCCCGGCCCCGAUAAGAAGAUGGAAGACCGUAAAGGAAGUCCAGCUAUUCAACGGCAAUUUGGUGCUGGAUUGUCCCAUCCCACCCAGACUGCUUAGCCAGGUCAACCAUGCCAAACCACCAGAGCGCGAUGAAUUUACGCACAUGCGCUACUCAGCAGCGACGUGUGACCCGGCUGAUUUCUACAAUGAACGCUUCACGCUUCGCCAGAGGCUGUUCGCGAAACCCAGGCAUACGGAACUGUUUAUUGUGGUGACGAUGUACAAUGAGGAUGACUUCCUUUUUGCCCGGACUAUGAUUGGUGUUUUUGAGAAUAUUGAGUACAUGUGCUCGCGGACGAAUAGCAAAACAUGGGGUAAGGAGGCUUGGAAGAAAAUCGUCGUCUGCGUUGUUAGCGAUGGACGUGCGAAAAUUAACCCACGCACCCGCGCCGUGCUCGCCGGCUUGGGCGUAUACCAGGACGGCAUCGCUAAACAGCAAGUCAACGGCAAAGACGUCACGGCACAUAUCUACGAAUAUACCACGCAGAUUGGAAUGGAGUUGAAGGGCAACCAGGUCCAUCUGAGACCGCGCUCAGGAGUGCCCGUGCAAAUGAUAUUUUGCUUAAAGGAGAAGAACCAGAAGAAAAUUAACUCGCAUCGAUGGUUUUUCCAGGCUUUCGGGCGCGUGCUUGACCCGAAUAUCUGCGUGCUACUGGAUGCGGGGACGAAGCCCGGGAAAGACUCUAUUUAUCAUCUCUGGCGCGCCUUUGAUUUACAGCCCAUGUGCGGCGGUGCUUGCGGGGAGAUUAAAGCGAUGUUAUCGCAUGGCAAGAGACUGAUCAACCCUCUCGUCGCGGCGCAGAACUUUGAGUAUAAAAUGAGUAACAUCCUCGAUAAGCCCCUCGAGUCUGCCUUCGGUUUCAUCUCUGUGCUACCCGGCGCGUUCUCCGCAUACCGUUAUGUCGCACUACAGAACGACAAGAAUGGCCAGGGCCCGCUGGAAAAAUAUUUCGCUGGCGAGAAGAUGCACGGUGCCAACGCGGGCAUAUUCACGGCAAACAUGUACCUAGCCGAGGACCGGAUAUUGUGCUUUGAGCUCGUUGCGAAGCGGAAUUGCCAAUGGUUGUUGCAGUAUGUGAAAUCAUCGACGGGGGAGACAGAUGUGCCUGAUCGGAUGGCGGAGUUUAUAUUGCAGAGACGGCGGUGGUUGAAUGGUAGUUUCUUCGCGGCGGUGUAUGCGAUUACGCAUUUUUAUCAGAUAUUUAGGAGUCGGCAUAGUUUUACGAGGAAGUUAAUGUUUAUAAUUGAAUUUGUUUAUCAGACUAUUAAUAUGCUUUUUGCGUGGUUUGCUAUCGGCAAUUUUUUCCUCGUCUUCCACAUCCUCACCAAAUCCCUCAGCGCCGCCAAUCUCCUCGGUCAAGUCGGGCGUGUCCUCGGCGUCAUCUUCGAAUGGCUCUACCUAGUCACCCUUGCCACCUCCUUCAUCCUCGCGCUGGGUAAUAGACCGCAGGGCUCCAACAAAUUCUACAUGACGAUGGUCUACUUCUGGAUCGGGAUAAUGAUUUACCUCACGUUCGCGGCGAUAUUUAUCACGGUGAAAUCGAUUCAGGCGGAGACGGCAGAUAACGAUUUUAGUUUUCGAUCUAUAUUUCAGAAUCAUCAGUUUUUUUCAAUGAUUGUUUCGUUGAUGUCAACGUAUGUGCUGUGGAUUGUGGCUUCGUUGUUGUUUUUUGAUCCGUGGCAUAUGGUUACUUGUUUCCUCCAAUACAUCCUCCUAACACCAACCUACAUCAAUGUCCUAAACAUCUACGCCUUCUGCAACACCCACGACAUAACCUGGGGCACAAAAGGCGACGACAAAGCUGAAAAACUUCCCAGCGCAAACCUAAAACCCUCCGGAAAAGUCGACGUCUCCAUCCCUCAAGACGACGGCGACCUGAACGCCCAGUACGAAGCCGAACUUCUCAAAUUUGCCUCCAAACCGCCCAAGGAAACCCGCGUUGUCUCCGAGGAGGACAAACAGGAGGACUACUAUCGCGGCUUCAGGUCUGCAGUGGUGCUUGUGUGGAUCUUUUGUAACUUUGCGCUGGCGGCUGUUGUGCUUAGUGCUGUGGGCUUGGAUCGCAUUAAUCUGGAUACGUCGAGGGAGCAGAGGAGCACGGUAUAUAUGGCUGUUGUGCUGUGGAGUGUAGCGGGGUUGUCGCUUUUUAGGUUUAUGGGGGCAAUGUGGUUUUUGGUUACGAGGCUGUUCCGCGGCGUGUAA